AUGCUGCCGCGUGCGAUUGCUAAAUACAUGUCCACAAUUUUCAUAUUCCCACUGGAAAAAAACGAUGAGUUAAAUGCCAUACGGUUGAGUUUCGCUAGAUUCUUUUGGUUUUGGAACCAAGUAGCCUCCACUGAUCAGCAUAUUUUGGACGGUACUCUCACUUUGGGUGUGUGGGACCUGGCCACGGCUGGGCCGAAGCCGAGAGUAUACACACCUGUUGGACGGUAUGGGAAUAGUCAUUUUGGGCAAGAGAAUUAUCGGUUCCCGCAACACCACGCGACCACGGCUUGCCUCCACCAUUAA